GCCGCUCACUGCAAGUCGCGUAAUGGAGGGGAAGAAACAUGUUACGACCGCAUGUUUGCACUGCCGGCGGAGAAAAAUCAAGUGCGACGGUCAAUCGACUUGCUCGAACUGUGCUAUGCUGAGUCAAAAAUGUCUUUAUAAUGCGGAAGACGAUAAUAGAAGAACUUCAGCAAAGAGGGCAUCGAAUGCCCUCAAGAACAGAUUGGUGCAAUUAGAGGAAGCUCUCAAAGCCAACAACAUUGAACUGCCACCUCCACCGGCUCCGACAACAACCCGAAAUCAUGAGAACCAAGAGAACUCUCAAGAUAAUGCCAGGAGGUCCAGUGUGCGGGAAACUACGGAAGAGACACAACACCAACAAUCUUCAUCAUUCUCUCAGGCAGCUUCUAAUCCGCCGGAUGAAGUGCAGUUUUCGAGCGAUUGGGCUUCUAAUGUUACGCAAGACAAUGACGAGGUCCUUCGUGAGCGAUCAAUCAACGAAAGUUCUCUCAUUCCGAGUGAUGCUUUUGCGGGCACAUCCAUGCCGGCUUCUGAUCUGGAAGCAAUCUCCCUUAAUUAUUUCCAGUCGGGUAGCAGCUUUGAUGCCUUAACUGCAGAGCCUAGAAACGCCAGCCCUGACCUUACCUUGCCCCUGAAUGCAGACUCUCCACCAAGUCCUCGAUUAACGUCAUACAUCCCAGAUACAGGCGAAUUCAGGGGUGGCACGGCAUCCCGGGACAACAUCACCAACUCCCUGGCAGCGCGUAUGGGCUCUCUACAAAUUGCUGAAGAUGGUCAAUUGCGUUACUACGGACCUACUUCCAAUCUGCACCUCUACCACAAUGGACUUCAAUCUCUUUCGAGAUCAACGAUCCAGCACGUGGCGAUUGAAGGAAAUGAGGUUCUGAGACGUGCCGGUUUAGAUCAAAAGAUACCACUGGCUGUCGAAAUGCAUCUUGCACAUUUGUACUUUUCUUGGGAAGACCCAGCUAUCCACGUCGUAGAUGAAGAAAUAUUCUUCUUGGAGAAGCAGAAGUGGAUCGCGGGGAACAAGAAUACCCCUUAUUAUUCAGAGACGCUAAAUAACGCCAUCUGCGCAAUUGGAGCCAAUCUGGCAGCAGGGGAGAGACUUGAUGUGCCAGAACCAGCCCCCGAAUUCUUCUCAUCCCGAGCGAAAGCUCUGCUGGAUAUCGAGAUGGAUAGUCCCAACGUCGCCACUGUACAAGCUCUUGUGAUUAUGAGUGCUUCAGAAGCUGCGUUCACCCGAGAUGCAAGAGGCUGGUUGUAUAGCGGAAUGGCUGUACGACUAAGCGCAGACUUAGGGCUGCAUUUAGACUUGAACGACCAGUACAGAAGUGGAAUGCUAAGUCAGCGAGAUAUGGAUGUGAGACGCACUACGUUCUGGGGGGUCUUCAUACACGAUAAUAUGUGGAGUCUCUAUGUUGGCCGGCCUUGGGGAAUUAGCAUUAGAGAUAUCUCGGUGUCUCGCCCACUCAAGGAAUUAGACGCCGUGAGAAGGAAGUUGUGGAAACCUUAUCCAAUCAACAAUGGACAAUCAACGGUACCUCCUGAAGGUCUCUUGGAUCCGCUGGAAGCAUGUACAGACGCGAACAUCACUCUUUGCGGGUUCAUGCGACGUAUUAACCGCACAUUGUACUCUGGUCGUAAAAUCGGCAUUGAUGAACUCGCAAAAUUUCUCUCGACUACCCAGAAGGAGCUCUCAUUGUGGAUGGAUAACCUAUCGCCCGAGUUACGUGUAGAUCUGUCAAAUACAGACAGGACAUAUAUUCCUCAUGUGCUCCAACUUCACAUGCAAUUUUAUGCGGCGAUCAUCUUCUUAUUUCGACCAUAUUUCUCGCACCAUCUUUUGAGAGCAACCCAGUCCUUAAACACAAUGGAGGAUCGAGCAGCUGUUGCAAGGGUCAAGUCAGACUGCAUCUCCGCAGCCCACAGCAUGGUGGAAGUACUAAGAUGCUUCCGGAAGCAACACUCACUGCGACAUACGAACAUCCAAAUUGUUCACCUCAUCUUCACGGCCUCACUCAUUCACAUUUACAACGCAUGCACUUGCACUGGUGCCGAUUCGCAGACCGCCUUAGAUGAUUUGCAAUUUUGCUGCCAAUCGCUGGGAGAGAUUGGGCAAACUUACUGUUGAACUAGCUAAGUAAUAAAGCUAGGGUCACGUGCUUGCAAUGUAAACCAAGUAAACGAUACUGAAUUGACUGCUGUUCUACAGUG